AUGCAAUACGUGUUGUGUGGUGGACCGCCGAUUGGGAAACGCGUUCGUGAACGUUUCCUUGACAGAUUUCCUAGCGUCAAGUUUAUGACGAACGGUAAGCGAUGUCAGAUACGGUUGUGUGCCCUUCGACAGGAAAAGAGAUGGAAGCAGAUGAGAGAGGCGAGUUGUGCCUGCGAGGGCCAACAGUUAAUGCAGGGCUACACGAACGAGGAUUGCCAACCCGACGAAGCCGGCUGGUAUCAUACAGGACAAGUGGGUCACCUCGACAGACACGGCAAUGUAUUCAUCUCCGGUUAUCAAGAGCGAUCUCAUCGAAGUAGACGGACAACAGGCACAGUGCAUGAACACAGCCUUACUCCCUUGUCUUGCCGAAGAUUUGGGAUCCCACUGGCCGAAGUCGAGGAUGUCCUUCUCACGCAUCCUUCGAUUACUGAUGCUGCAGUGAUCAAUGUAGCUGAUAGGAGUAAAGAGCAAAAGACGAAAGCAUUCGUCGUUCAACGUGAUGAAACCUUCACAGCUGAAGAUGUCUACCGUUUUGUGGAUGGUAAGCGCAGAAAUUUUUUCAUUCCUACAGUACUAUUCUUUGAAAAUUCCGUCGAGCUCUACUUUGUGAUCAUUCUCCAUCAGAAGCCUACGGCUUGA